CCGAGUCAUUUACGUCAACUAUCUGCCGUGCUAGUUAGCGUACUACAACUACAUUGUUGAUAUUUAUUUGUUGUUAGUUUGUCAUUAUGUCACGAGUACUUAUAGUCGGUGCCGGUCUUACGGGCAGUUUAUGCGCUUGUCUUCUGCGAAGGGAAAUGCCAAAUAAAGUUAAAAUUGUUGUAUGGGAUAAAGCGCGGGGAGCAGGAGGAAGAAUGUCCACAAGCAGAAGCCCUAGCCAUGCCACGUGCACAGUUGAUCUUGGAGCACAGUACAUAACUGCCACGCCGUACUAUGCCCAAAUACAUCACAGUUUCUAUGAAGAGCUGCUUGCACGUGAGAUACUGAAGCCGCUGGUGGCUGCUGUCGAGGGGAUGAAUGUGAAAGAGGAGGGCCUACGCAACUUUGUUACCCCAAAGGGUGUCUCCUCCAUCGUCAAGCAUUAUCUGAGAGAAUCAGCAGGAGCCGAGGUGUGCUACGAGCACCACGUCACCCACAUCCACCAGAGGGGGGCAGGCUGGGAGGUGCGGCGCGCCGGCGGGGCGGCGGAGCAGUUCGACGCGGUGGUCCUCACCAUGCCCGUCCCCCAGAUCCUACAGCUGCAGGGGGACGUGAGCUCCUUAAUUGACGAGAGCCAGAGGCAGAGGCUGGAGACCGUGAGCUACUCCUCGCGCUACGCUCUGGGACUCUUCUACGACGCCGGCGUGCAGAUUGACGUCCCCUGGGCGGCAAAGUACAUCACCGAUAAUCCCUGCAUCCGCUUCAUCUCCAUCGAUGAUAAAAAGCGCAAUUUAGAGUCGCCGGACUGCGGGCCGUCCGUGGUGGUCCACACCAGCGUGCCCUUCGGACUCCGGCACCUGGAGGAGGCCAAGGAGGAGGUGGAGCCUCUCAUUCUGGAGGAGCUGCAGAAGGUCCUGCCCGGCCUUCCCCAGCCAAUCAGCAUCAAGUGCCAGAAGUGGAGAUACUCACAGGUGAUGGGCGCAGUAGCCGAUUGCCCAGGGCAGAUGACGCUGCUCUCCAAGCCUCUGCUGGUGUGCGGGGGCGAUGGAUUCACGCACUCCAACUUCGACGGCUGCAUUGAGUCGGCUCUGAAGGUCUUAGACGUUCUGAAGUCCUCGCUCUGACGAGAAAGGGCCUGGCGAUCCUGAAACCGCCCAGCCUCGCUUCGGUCCACCCUGCUCCGCUCUCCGACACGGACAGCGCGGAGACUCCACCAUGCCUUCUGCAGAGGCGGCCGCUCCUAGACUGUUGCAAAACCCGCAGUGCCAAGGUCUGUGAUGGCCAGACCGGCGUGAAACCCACUCUCCAGCAUUCAGGACAAGAAGCGGUGGCGCACCUGUAACCGGAGCGGCCCACGAAAGGUUCACACCAAUACAGCCAUCCUUCCGUCGCCACGGUUUCUGAAGUACCAUUUUGUCCUAAUUUUGACUGAUGAUCUGUUUUGUUCUAAUUAUGAUCUCACAUAUGUAAUAUUCCUCCAUGUUUAGUGUGUCUUUGGUCAGAUAAUAAAAGAAAUAUUGUAUUAUGAGCUAUGGUGUUUCUAUGCAUAUGC